AUGGCCACCGUCGAGGCAAAGGAGCGGGCCACGUUCGGAGCUUGGGACUACGGGGUCUUCGCCCUUAUGCUACUGGUGUCCACCGGCAUCGGGUUGUGGGUCGGGGUAGCGCGAGGCGGGCAGCGCAGCGCCGAGGACUUCUUCACCGGGGGUCGGCGCCUGUCCGCCCUGCCGGUGGGCCUCUCGCUGGCCGCCAGCUUCAUGUCGGCGGUGCAGGUGCUGGGGGUGCCAGCCGAGGCCUACCGCUAUGGCCUCAAGUUCCUCUGGAUGUGCCUGGGACAGCUGCUCAACUCUCUGCUCACUGCCCUGCUCUUCCUGCCGAUCUUCUACCGCCUGGGCCUCACCAGCACCUACGAGUACCUGGAGAUGCGCUUCAGCCGCGCUGUGCGGCUCUGCGGGACUCUGCAGUACCUGGUGGCUACAAUGCUGUACACAGGCAUAGUGAUCUACGCCCCCGCGCUCAUCCUGAACCAAGUGACAGGGCUGGACAUCUGGGCAUCGCUCCUGUCUACCGGAGUCAUCUGCACCUUCUACACUACUGUGAUGAUGAAACUGAGGCAGAGAAGACCAUUGGUCCCAGCCGUUACUGGAGGCCAGGCCAAAUCCCGCCAGGGCGGCAUGAAGGCUGUGAUCUGGACCGACGUGUUUCAGGUCUUAGUGAUGCUGAGUGGUUUCUGGGUUGUCCUGGCUCGUGGAACUGUGCUCGUGGGUGGACCUGGGCGAGUACUCGAGCUUGCCAAGAACCACUCCCGGAUCAACCUGAUGGACUUUGACCUGGACCCGAGGAGCCGCUACACGUUCUGGACUUUUGUUGUGGGUGGCACGUUGGUGUGGCUCUCGAUGUACGGGGUGAACCAAGCACAGGUGCAGCGCUACGUGGCCUGUCGCACGGAGAAGCAAGCCAAGCUGGCCGUGCUCAUCAACCAGCUGGGCCUGUUCCUGAUCGUGUCCAGCGCUGCCGCCUGCGGCGUCGUCAUGUUCACGUUCUACCUUGACUGUGACCCUCUCCUGGCGGGGCGCAUCUCUGCCCCAGACCAGUACAUGCCCCUGCUGGUGCUGGACAUCUUUGAGGACCUGCCUGGAGUCCCUGGGCUCUUUCUGGCCUGUGCCUACAGUGGCACCCUCAGCACUGCGUCCACCAGCAUCAACGCCAUGGCUGCUGUCACUGUGGAGGACCUCAUCAAACCUCGGCUGCCGAGCCUGGCCCCUCGGAGACUGGUCAUCAUCUCCAAGGGGCUCUCGCUCAUCUACGGCUCAGCUUGUCUCACCGUGGCGGCUCUGUCGUCCCUGCUGGGGGGCGGUGUCCUCCAGGGCUCCUUCACCGUCAUGGGAGUCAUCAGCGGCCCUCUCCUCGGAGCCUUCAUCCUGGGGAUGUUCGUCCCCACCUGCAAUACACCGGGCGUCCUGUCCGGGCUGGCCGUGGGCUUGGCGCUGUCGCUGUGGGUGGCCGUGGGCGCCACUCUGUACCCGCCUAGCGCGCAGUCCAUGGGGGUCCUUCCGUCGUCAGCGUCCGGCUGUGCUGUGCCCUCAGCCAACGCCUCUGGUCUCCUGGACCCUCUUCUCACUGCCAACGCCUCCAGCAGGGUCUCCAGCUUGGAAAUGGACCCUGAUCAGCAAACCUUAGCUGACAACUUCUAUGCCAUUUCCUAUCUCUAUUAUGGUGCCUUGGGUACACUGUGCACUGUGCUAUGUGGAGCCCUUGUCAGCUGCCUGACAGGCCCCACCAAGCGCAGUGCUCUGGGUCCUGGUCUGCUCUGGUGGGACCUCAUGCGGCAGACAGCAUCAGUGGCCCCCAAGGAAGAGGUGGCCUCCCUGGAUGACGGUUUGAUGAAGGGUACUGAGGAGUUGCCCCCUGGAGCCAAGAGGCCUUCUGACUUUCUGCCCACUGAUGAGGACCAUCUGCUUUACCUGGGUCAGAAGGAGGUGAAUGGAGCUGGUUCCAGGACACCAGGCAGUGAACACGACAAAGGUCUUGACCUGCAGGAGACAGACCUCUGA